AAAUGUUCAGUCAAUUGUUCGUCGAUCACAUAACCAGUAGUUGGUAAUGCGUGACGUUUGUUACCAGCAAACAUAUUUUUUGUUUCAAUUUCUUCUUUGAUUGUGUGUGUGUGUGCGUCAGCUCAACUGAAGCUCGAUUUAUUACCUGUCAUCGCGUCUAUAAUUAGUUCAUAUUAAUUGAAUAUCGAACACCGGCCAAAUGAUGAAAACAAGAAACACUUUCUUGUUAAUAUGCAUCGGUGUUAUAUUUCAUAUGGUUGACUCGUCGGUAAUGCACAAUCAAAGUGUGAGGGAACGGUGUCGACGCAUAACAAACGAACUUGAUGAAAAUAGCAUUGUUACCGCACAAACGGAAUGUAAUUCGCGUACAAAAGUUCAUGAUUAUUUCCGUGACCGUGAAGAAGUGCUAAAAAAUGAAGCGGAAACAAGUUUUGCGGCUGACAUUAAACUGACCGACAGCGAACAGCUUGCCAACAAAAUUAUCAUGAAAGCCAAAGAGGACGAAUUUAAAACGGGUUUCCUGCAGCCAUACCUAUUCAAUCCAGCACGUCAUAUUUUCGAAGUGUUGGAUGCCAUCAAACAAUCAAAACUGUUUCAAAUCAUACAAAAAAUGCCAAAGGGUGGCAUUUUACACGCGCACGAUACAGCUUUGUGCUCUACAAGCUAUGUGGUGUCAUUAACUUAUUGGCCAGAUUUGUGGCAACGAGCGUCAAACAACAACACCAAUGACAUUUUGGAAUUUGUAUUUUCGCGUGAUCAACCGAAGAGAAAACCAGAUGAUAACGAUUCGUCAUGGCGUCUCGUCAAAGAUGUCCGAACUGAAAUCGGUGCCAAGGAGUAUGAUGAAAAUUUACGCAAAAUGUUCACGCUAUUCGAUAAAAAUGUUAAUCCACGUGUACAAUUCAAAGAUGUUAAUGACGUAUGGGUUCAUUUUAUGGGUAUAUUCAUUAAAUUUGAACCCCUUGUUACAUAUGCACCAGUUUGGAAAGCCUAUUACAAGCAUGCACUCAAAGAAAUGCAAGCGGAUGGUGUUCAAUAUUUGGAAUUCAGAGGUCUCUUGCCCAAGGUCUACGAUUUGGAUGGUAAAAUAUAUAAUGAAGAGGAUAUAAUGGAAGUGUAUGUUGAAGCAUUGGAUGAAUUCAAGCGUGAUAAUCCAUCGUUUAUUGGCUCGAAAUUCAUAUAUGCACCACGCAAGCAAAUGCCCAAUGAGACGGUAGCUACAUAUUUUGACAUCGUUCGUCGGCUGCAUGCGAAAUUUCCACAGUUCUUGGCCGGUUUUGAUUUGGUUGGACAAGAAGACAUUGCACCUGGCUUAGUUUCGUUUGCCGAACAGAUUUUACAGUUGCCUGAUGACAUAAAACUAUUCUUCCAUGCCGGCGAAACAGCAUGGUUUGGCAGUGUCGAUGAAAAUUUGAUUGAUGCAGUUUUGCUGGGAAGUCGUCGAAUUGGACAUGGUUAUGCAUUGAUUAAACAUCCAAAAGUAAUUGAUCUUGUCAAAAGCAAUGAUAUUGCGGUUGAGGUGAAUCCAAUAUCCAAUCAAGUGUUAAAAUUGGUUGAUGAUUUUCGUAAUCAUCCAGCGUCAGUGUUUAUGGCACAAAAUGUGCCCAUUGUUAUUUCAUCGGAUGAUCCAUCUUUUUGGGAGGUGUCACCGUUGUCGCAUGACUUUUACAUUGCCUUUUUGGGAAUUGCAUCGCGUCACAGUGACUUGCGAACGCUCAAGAAAUUCGCAAUAAAUUCAAUUCAGUACAGUUCACUGAAUGAUAGUGAAAAAAUUGAAGCUUUCGCCAAGUGGCAAGUCAAAUGGGACACAUUUAUUGAAGACUUAGUGCAAAAUCAACAAUAAAUUGAAUCAAAAUCAUUUUAAUAUGUCGUUUUGCACGAAAAUAAACACACAAUUGAUGAAAGUGUAUCUAUUUUUAUAAGAAAAAGGAAAUAUCCAAAUAAAAACUGUUAAUUCACGUAUCUGA